UAAAAAGACGACUAUCAAUGAAUCGCCGUUAAAAUUAUCGCAAGCUGGUUUUUAUCGACCGGUGGAUUCUGAAGUCAGGAAAAGAGGAGGAGGGAAGGACUAUGUUGAAUGCUUCUGUUGCGGAGGAGGCUUGCAGUAUUGGAAUUCUCGUUAUGACCCGUGGAUUGAACAUGCAAAGUAUUUUCCCACUUGCAAAUUUUUGCUGAGAGAGAAAGGACAUAAGUUUGUUAUGAAGAUUUUAUGUCAAUAUCCUACAUUUUCGGGUCCUCUUGGUCUGCAAUCACAUUUUAUGAUUUCUGAUAUUUCUUCGUCGAGUUUCCCAAAUCAAUGUGUUCCCAAAUCAAUGAGUUCUUCAAGUACUCUUAUUGACCGUGGAAAGGCCUGUGAAAUGAACCAGUCUGAACCAAACUUCAUGCGAAAUGGAGAUUUUGAAGAAGAAAAUAAAUUGAGUUUUGCUGGGGGAGGGAAAAGGAUGAAAUCUGAUGAUCAGAUGAGAGGAGGUGGGAAUGAAAAUGUACAAACGGCAAAAAGAGGGUGUGGAGGGUGGAGUAGUAAUUGCAUUGGUCAAUCUACUACCGAGGGGAAUUCGCCGUUUCUGCAAGAAGGACAAAGGGGGUGUAGACCAGAAAAUCAAACAACAACCCGGAACAGAAUCACUCGGAUAAAUGAUUCUUUUACCGACGACAGCUUCUUGUCACGUUCAUACAACAUCCAGAGCAAUAGAAGACAGACAUUUACGAGUUAUCCAACGGAUUGUCCCAUUUUGCCUGAUGAUUUAGCGAAAGCUGGAUUUGUUUACACUGGUUCCCACGAUCAAGUUAAAUGUUAUUACUGCCGAAGAAUUGUUGAAUAUUGGGGACCGAAUGAGGAUCCUUCGAAGGAGAAAUGGCACAGGCCUGGGUGCAAACGUCCAAUUCACGAAAACAAUGGUUCUGAUGACCCUGAUAAUUUCCAUGAUGGAAAAAACAUUAAGAAAGACGCUGAUGCAACUCAAGGUGAUCUUGAGGAAAACAACAAUGAAGAAACCACUCCCAUGAAAGCUUGCAAAAAUUGGGGGUCGAUCUGUUUACCACUUUCUCAACAUGUUGGAGUUUCUAUCAGAGCUGGCAAUUCUACUUCUCCGCUAUUCAACGGGCGUUCACCUGAUGAAGUACCCGGAAGCGAUGUUGCCUCAGCAUGUGAUAGAGCGUUGUUACCAGGUGAUCUUCUUUAUCUUGAUGAAAACAACAAUGAAGUAACCAUUCCCAUGAAAGCUUAUGAAAACCCAGAUCCAUUCCGAUUCCAACUUCCCGAAAUUGAACUUGCUAUCAGAGCUUCUGGAAGUGAUGUUGCCUCAUCUGUAGCAUCUGAUAGAGCAUUGACAAUGGGAUCUUCUAGUAAUUUUUCCAUGAUACUUGGAGAAACUGCCUCUUUGGCGUCUGCACCUGGCAACAAUUAUCAACUUUCAAGACUUCUGGCUUGGGGGAAGGGACUAAUCAUAAUAUUAUCUCCACUGCUAUUGCUGUCAAUCAUAAACAAGAAACCCCCAGUUCCAGAACAUUGUCAAGCACGUAUCUCUUCAGAGAUUCUGCGUGUACUACGUCCAUCUGUACAGAAUGUUGGUGCAAUAGUGGCAAAUUCUUUUUUUCGUAUUUUCAAUCACUGUGACAAAAACUUGUGCAAUGACACUGUGUUAUCGUUUCUUUUAGAGUAUGGAGGGUGACCGUAUUGUUUCGUGUUGCAGAGAUGUCCAAAACGAAUAAAAUUAAUUCAGUGUAUUUUUUAUUUUUAGAAUGACUUUGAUUAGUUUCAUUUGAAAAGUCAUAAUUUCUAGCAAUUGAUGUUUCACAUUAUGAUCAAAAAGGCCUUUUUUAAUUUCUGACUGUAAGACUGUAAAAUGGCCAAUCUGUUCAUUAUUUGUUUUAACUUUCCAUUUUUUUUUUUAAUUCAAUUUUAUCACAGUGGUUCUCAAACUUUUCAAGCAACCCCCCUUUUUAAGAAUUUGUCAAAUCUCGUGCCACACCUCAAAAAUAGCUAUGACGAAAGUAUGUUAUAUUCUAAAAACAUGUGGAUGGAACUUAAAUAUCCAAAAGAAAGAAAUGUAAAUAUCCAAAAUAGGGCGGGUAGGAUCAAAUCUAAAAAAUUGUCUACACCACCCUUGUUGGGUGCGCCCCAUAAUUUGAGAACCAGUGCUCCAGAACAUUUUCAAAUAUAUUCAAUGCUCAAAAAGACAAUUAUCGAAUGUCUUCAGAAAUUUCAUAUUAUUCGAUUUUGAAAAUCUUUGUUUACGUGUUGCUGUUUUGGAAAAGAGAAUUGAAUUCUCAAUAUUUGUUGUAUUUUGCUGCUAACAUAUUACAUGAUAAUAAGCUUACUGAUUUUCUGUUUUUUGAAAUUCUAAAUUUGAAUAACUGUAUACUCUGGCAUAUAAGCUGAUUUUAAAAAUCUAAAAAAAAAUCCGCCAAACUAAAUGGGCCGUGCAUAACUCUGAUUGCACUAAAACGAAAUGACAUUACACUAAAUUAAUUAAAGAGUGUGCAUGCACACGCGUGAAGCAGUGCUUGGUAUGCUAUGACAGCGAUAACUAUCUGUGAUUGGUUGUCAUGAAUUUUUAUAAAUUCUCCAUUUGAGCGCUUUUUUAGGUCAGCUUAUAUGCGAUGAUAUACAUUUUUUAACUAAUUAAAACUUCUGAUGAAGUCUAUAUCUAUCUUGGUUUAGAUUUGAAUAAUAGUUUGUGACACUUGAUUUAACAUUAGAAACUUUUUCGGCCCUUUUGAAAUUUUUUCCCAUUUAGCCUUACUUAUCUAGAUUCUGGGUAUGCCGUAUUUCUCCCUGCAUAACACGCACCAAUAAUAAUAAUACACAUGCGUAUUUUAGCAGAAAGUUCCAAUUUCCAUAUAUUAUGUUUUCCUUCAUCUCUUUCGUUGCAGGUUUUUUUUUGCCAGGGAUUUCAGACAUUCUGUCUGAUUUUUAUGUACCCUCUUAUUCUGGAGGUGAAAUUUAAACAUGAAAGUGAGUGUUAUACCCGGAGAAAUACAGUGUUUUCUUGCAAUAUUAGAAUAGUUCAUUAUAAUUUUAUCGUUUAAAAGAUUCUGGUCUUAUAAAUUUCAUAAAUUUGUAUGUCAAUAUUUGAAUUCAAUAUCUUCAUUAUAAUAUUUUAUCAUGUAAUGUUUGUGCAGCGGUCACCCUCCAAAUGUAGAUGCGGUGGAAAGCUAUUGACCUAUCACCUUUGUUUCUUGUUCUUUUAAAAGCUUUAAUAUCCGAGACGUGAAAAAAAUUCUCUAUGAAGUGCGGAAACAAAAAAUUCUCAAAAAAGCUGUUUGGAGAAGUUGAGGAAAACAUAAAUUUUUGAUUUUUUUGUGACUUUCAUUGGGCUUUAACCCUCAGCCUAUUUAUUUAAAUACUUCAGUGAAAUUUUUUUAAACUAUGAUUAGAUAUCUGCUUCAAGAGCGCCUAUAAGUAAACUGUUCUUCAAAAUUUCAACAUUUGCCUUUUUUUCUUGAUACCCUUGAAAUGAUACGAAUAAUUCUAUAAGUCUUAUGAUAGUAAACUUUGACAAGUCUAUGUUUUUACUAAGAAUAUUUAUAACUCCUAAGAAUCUCUUAAAAUUUGAUCGAUUUUAACUUAAAGUGCUAGAUGCAAAAAAUCUGUUCAGUAUCAUUCUUUCGAAUAUGACAAAAUAAAGGUGUGCAUUCAUGUUCAUUCCACCGCAUCUUCGUAAAGUCUUGUACAUAGCUUUUCAUUCAUUCAUUCAUUCACAUAUUCUAACACUGUGCCUUAUACCUUUAUUUUAACACUGUGAAUUCAUUGAAAAUGACCCAUGUAUGACAUCAGUAUCCAUUAUUUAGUUAUAAGUAUUCAUAUAUGCUUUGAUUAUCUAUAUUAAUUUGACCUGGUUCUGUGAAGAUAUUAUAAAUAGGCGGUGCUCUCUUGAUUUUCAGCCUAUUUUUUAUAUUUUGCAUACAGAUUGUAAUUGACUUUUGCCAUGGACUACUGUGGUGAAGUGUUAGACUUAAAUAUGGUUGCAUCACACGUAAUAUGGUUGCAUCACAGGUUCAACCCCAUCCGCAUCUUAUUAUUUUGACAGCAUAUUUUAUGUCAUACAUGAGUCAUUUUCUCAUUUUUUAUUUUUUAUAUUUUUAAUGUUUUUGCCUUCUAAAGACAUUUGUUAUCUGUAGUUUCCAGGGAAUUUUAUUUUCGAACAAAAAUAGAUUUUCCAACCAUUUUCUAAAGCCGAGAUUGAAAGGAAGGUUCGAAAAACGUUAUCCUGGAAGCUUUUUCUCAUCAGAAAAUGAGGGAAGAGAGUCAUGACCAGAGCUGUCUGGAAAUUUUGACUUGAAAACUUGACUCCAUACAUCCUUGUUUCUGACUCUUGGUUUUUGACUCAGACUCCUAACUUAAAACUAAAAUUCCACCACAGAAAAUCUAAUAAUCCUGAUUGAUCUAUUAUCGGUUAUAUAAUUCUUCGGGAAUAUAAUUCUGAUUGAGCAGCUUCAAAAUAUGGGCUUAGUUUUGUGGUGAAGGUCUAUAGAGACCGACUAGCACAUCAGCUCCCAACCUGGGGCCCAUGACCCCCGAGGGGUCAUAAAGUUGUUCGCAAAAUUGAUUUUACUUUUCCUCCUUGCAAGAAAACAGUUCUUCCUAGUUUCAUUGCUUGAUAAGGUCAUUUUACAGGGUAUUCACACUUUGUUGAAGAUGAAUUGUUUGAACAUAAUUGGAUUUGGAAUCUAUUACGAGUAAUCAAAAUAACACUAUGUCUAUAAAUACUACUUUAAUGACAAACAGCGGAUUCAUGAAUGCUAGAAGACUCUAGAAAGGGGGCCACGGGAAAGGUUGGGAAUCCGAUACUUUAUCCAUAUUUUGUUAAAUAACGAAUGUUUUGACAAUCAUGUCAAUAUCUUUUAUAAUUUUUGCCACUCAAAUUAUUUUUUUGCUGUUUGUCAGCGUGUUUGUAUAACCCAAAUCAGAUUUAGAUAUACAAGGUAUUCAUAAAGUCCUGUUACAAAUUCAAUUUUCUUAUGAAACCGGUACUCAAGAUUUAUUUUUCUAUUUUCAUCAGUGUUUAAUUUAGUUUUUUUUUACUUCAUUCAAUACACUUUUAGGGGGCACCAAACUGUAUAUGGCUACUUGGCAAUUCGAGAAACUUUUAUAAAACUGUAUGAAUACCUGUAUAUCUAAAAGAAACCUUGAAUAGUAUUGUUACAAACUGAAAUAUUGGAAUUUUUGAUAGCGUGUUAUGGAUGACGUAUGCAAUUGAUGGUACUCCCAAAGUAUCAAGAUGGCACUUGGCUAGUCCCCAAACUCUUAGUAAAACUAAAAUAAGAAAAAUUUGAAUAAAAUCAUGGCCUAACCCUAACCUGGUACAUAUAUAGGUUUCAAUGUCCGCCAUCUUGGUUCACAUACUUCGGGAGUACCAAAUUAUUUUGGUAUUGAUUGACACUAUAGUAAAUUGUCAUAUUUUUCCCUUUCAAAUUUGGUGAAAAUAUUUAAUUUGAAUUGGUAUGUAUAUUAAAUCGCCAGCUAAAUGUAAAAAGUAUUUGACAAAUUUAAAUUCUGUGUUAGAGAAAAAAUGACAUUCUGAGUAACUCUCAUGAUUUCCAAUUUCAGUAUCACUAGUGGGUGCUAUGAUUUUUUGGUAGCUAAGCAAUUUAAAAGUGUUAUGAAUUUUGGAUUGCCAUAUUCUAUGUAUAUAUUCUGGUAGUAAUUUACAGUUAAUUUAGAGUAGAUUGAUGAAUGUGAUGUUGUAAUAAAUAGGACGGAGUUUCUCAUAUUUACCCUGGCAGAGAGGGAGGAAUGGCAAACUAUCAAGUUAUGAACUCUGUUCUAUUUUUCAGUCCAUGUCUGAUAUAAAGAUUACUAAACCAUUCCAGGUAUUAUGUAGCUACCUCACGGCGCACACCGAUACUAUAUUCUUGCGUACCUACAUAUUAUGGCCUAACAAUUUCAAUUUAUAUGACCACCCUGGUUAAUAUGAAGUAUGCUAUCAGCAUAUAUCCAGAUAUCAGAAUCUCAGAAGCAGUACUGUGCUUAAUUAUUCUCAUACCUGACAUGGACUGGUAACUAGAUAAAAAGGCGCUGCAGAAGUAUGAACCAAGAUGACGCACAACGUAACGUAGUACGUCUACCAUGUUAGGGUUAGGCCAUAAUUUUAUUUUUUAUUUUAAUUCUAUUACAAGUUCGGCGAUUAGCCAAGUGACUCCCUUAGUGUUUGAAAUUAUGGCCUAACCCUAGCCUGGCACAUAUACUACGUUCCGGGGGCCCGCCAUCUUCGUUCACAUACUACAGGAGUACCAUGGCUUGAGCGAUAUAUCUGCUUUCCUCUUUCCCAAGAUAAAUAUAGAAAGUUUUAAUGUAAAUUCAAAUUGAAUCACACAAUCAUUAUCUUUUGUAUAUAGAUUAUUAUUUCUAUUGUAAAUAUAACUGAUUGUAUAUUUAUGAAAUAUGUGAGGCGAGAUAUCUGAAACUAUCAAUUCCAAAUUCGCUCAUGUGAUGUAACAAAGCAAAUCACCAUGAAUAUGUCUUACAUCAUAGGAACAAUGGUGAUGAUAGUUUCAAAUCUUUUGCCUAUUUUGUAAUUUGAAAUUGUGUUUUAGUAAAAUAUGUUUGGGCGCGAUGGCCAAGUAGUUAGAUUAUUCGAUUUACCUAUGUUGGCAUGCAAUGCCCACCACCUCACCCAGGGUGUAAUAAAUUGGGUAGGCAUUGCCGAACCGAAAAGAUUCCCGUCCCUACAAAAAUAGUAGUCCCUUACGUAUUGAUAUAUUGCUGCUUGUGCAGGGCUUUGUACGAAGUGAAGGGCGUGAAUGAGUACCAUCUCAUGCCCACCCCUUCACCCGGGGUGUGAGUAAUAAAACGGGUAGGACCUUGGUCCUUCCAAAGAAUGCAUAUAUGAAAACUUACUUAUGCUGAAUACUGGAUUAUCAGCAAAAAUGGCCAGCUAAAAGCUGUGUGCCAAAAUAUAGUGAUUACAAGAUCAGAUCACACAAGACUUUGAAGUUUAUUUAAUGACUCUUAAAACAUUUUUAUGUAACAAAAUGCAUCGCUUAUUAUGCUGUAAAGUGUGAAUCUCCAGGAUGUCAUCUGCACACUUCGCUCUCUCAAGCGAGGUGGGAUGGGAGAACUAUUGAAGUGGUGGUGGCCUACACACACCACUGCAUUUGGUGAAAUGGAUAUUUCUGCCUUUCAAAGCUUAUUUUGAAGAACUGCUUGUCUAAAGAUGUGGCAGUUAAACUGAAAUUGAUGGAGAUAGAACACUUACUUUGAAUCAUGAGAUAAAGUAAUUUCACCAUACAACUUAGUUUGUUUACUAAUGGUUGAAAUAUUUGUUCUCUUACGUUACAAUGCAUUUUGAAAAACUUGUAUAUGUAUAUAUUGAAUCGCAUGUAUGUUAUUCACGAAAAUAUAUAUCCAGGAUAUCUAAUAUGUUUUCAUGU